AUGACAUCGCUGCCCGGUGACUGUGGUGUCACACUGCAGCAGAGGGCCAGCGGCCCUGGGCUCACUUUGCCGCCUGAGCGGUACCACAGGGCGCUGACAAUGGCUUCUGCAUGGGAGAGGAAGUGCUACUAUUCAGAUCUGGGGAAGAAAGUGGUGUUCCUUCCCAACCUCCUUCUCUGUGAGGAGUUCACGAAGGACACUGGUUACCCGCAAUCUCUUGAGGGAGUGCUGCUGCUGGCGGAUGUCUCAGGUUUCACUGCCUUGGCAGAGAAGUGUGUCCAGCAGAAUGGACCAGAGAGAGGAGCUGAGGAGCUGGCGCAUGUCCUCAACGCCUACAUGGGGGACAUUCUGGAGGUGGUGCUGGCUUUUGGAGGAGACAUCCUGAAGUUUGCAGGGGAUGCUGUGCUGGUGCUUUGGAGAGCAGCACCGCCUCAGAUGCCUAUGGCCAUCAACGUGGCGCUGCAGUGCUCCUGGAAUAUCCAGAAGAAGUACGGCACCCAUGACACGCACAUGGGUCUCAAGCUCCACCUGAAGAUAGGGAUCUCGGCCGGGAUGCUCUCCUUCAUAUCCGUCAGAGGUGGGGAUCAUCAGUACUUCUUCAUCUGCAGCCAGGCCCUGGACGAAGUUAUCGAGGCCCAAAGCCUUUCGGCUGACUAUGAAAUCAUGAUGUCACAGACCUGCUGGGAGCUGUGUGGGCAGCAACGAAUCAAGGCCGAAUCUAUUGCUGGCAGAAGUGCCGUGAAGGUUGUGAGAAUGAUGCACUUAGCUCACCAAGAAUACCAAGAUGCUGUAGGCCAGCUGAACAUGUACAGAGGGGAUUGGCAUUUGGAAGGGACGGCCCUCCAAAGGCCGGUUCUUAGGAGCUCUGGUGAUCCUGAAGUGGCAGCGAGGCUGGAGAAGCACAUAUCGACAGCAGUUCUCCACAAGCUUCGUCAGGACGUGCCACUGGAGCUGUGCUCUGAGCUACGGCCGGUCACCGCCGUCUUCGUCCGUUUGCAGUUUCCUCACACGAUCAGCGUAGCGGAGCUCAGCAGCAGCCUCAGUGAUAGCAGCAGUAUGAUUUCAGAAAUCAUCAGCCCUCACAAGGGUGAAAUCAACAAAACUCUUCUGUUUGACAAAGGCUGCACCUUUCUCUGCGUGUUUGGAUUUCCUGGAGAAAAAUUGGCCUGUGAGAGCACCCACACCUUGGAAUGUGCUAUGCAGAUCUUCCGCAAGGCCUCCACGGGGCUGAGAAAACUCCAGCAAGUUUCUGUCGGGGUCAGCAGCGGGACGGCGUUCUGCGGCCUCACUGGCCAUCCCGAGAGGUGUGAACACACAGCCCUUGGCUUUAAGGUGAAUUUGGCCGCCCGCAUGUUGAUGGCCUACCCAGGGAUGGUGUCCUGUGAUGCAGAGACCCACGCGGCCUCUCGCCUGCCCAGCUACUGCUUCAAAGAGUUGCCACAGAGAGACAUGAAAGGUGUUACCAAUCCCGUCACCACCUACCAAUACAUGGGGAUCACCGAGCACCAAAAUGACAUGGGCCUUGCCAGGGAGAGGUCGCACUACGGUCCCUUGCUGGGUCGCGAGGCGGAGAUCGAAACCUUUGAUUGCUGCUUGGAGGCCUAUGAGCUUUUGGAAGAAGCACAGAUCCUGGCAUUUGUGGGCAUUCCAGGCUCUGGAAAGAGCCACUUACUUGCCGAGCUGGCCGUUUUAGACCGGGCUACUAAGUACAAGGUCAACACUAUGGAAUUGACAGAGGACAACACGAAGCAGCCGUUCUCUGCCAUCCGUCUACUGGUGGCCAGGGCGCUGGGUCUCCAGGGUGAUGAAACCUCCAGUGACAGGCAGCGCACUCUGCAGACCCUGCUCCAAGACACAGUGGAAGAGAGCAGCUAUUGCCUGCUAAACGAUGUUUUCUCAGUUGAGUUUCCCAUCACGGACGAGGUCUCCGAGAUGUGUUCCGCUGAACGGGCCAGCGUGUUCCACCUGACUUGUACACAAGUGCUACAGAAGGUGCUUGGGGGGAAAUACGGCAUAUUUUUCAUCGACAACGCCCACUUCCUCGACACUAGGUCCUGGUCUAUCAUGUGGCCCCUGCUUCAAAGUGUCACGGUCUUUAUGGUCAUGAGCUUAGUUCCGGGCCAUGACAGAACAGAGAGCAUUCUCAAAGCUGCCGCAGACUGCAAGACAUCUGAGACGAUCACUUGUGUUCGUCUGGAAGGGCUGAAAGCUUCAGCUGUAGUGCAGAAAGCCUGCCAGGACCUUGGAGUGAGCAGCAUCCCCAGGGAGCUAGCAAGGUUCCUGAUCCAGAGAAGCGCUGGCAUCCCAUAUUACUGUGAGGAACUGCUGCGCUACCUGCGAUGCAACAACAUGCUCUUGUUGCACACUGGGAGGCCGGACGAAGGACAGGACGACUGGCAGAGCCUGAUUGCCAAGGCGUCACCUGCUGUCACCGCUGCCUCGAGCUCGGGUACCAGGAAUGACAGCGAAAGGAUCUGUACCAUCAGACCAGACGUGAGCCUGGAGAACCCCAUGCUGCCGGUGGCCUUGAAAGAGAUUGCGCUGGCUGAGCUGGAUCGGAUCAAUCUGGAGAAGCAGAUGGUUCUGAAGUUUGCAGCCGUCAUAGGGCCGGUGUUUACCACCCAGCAGCUGGUUCACAUUAUUCCCAGUAGCAAAAGGCACGGGAUUAAUUCACUGCUGGACAAGCUGGUGGAGGACAACAUCCUGAAGCAACUGGACAUCGAGAAGCCAGAAGGCAAGUGAGGUGCUACAUAGGGGCUGCCCACCUCUGGGCAGGCAAGAAGCGGGAUGAAGAGGCCCUCUGUGAGCAGGGAGACCGUGCAGCCGAAGUCUAAAAUCCUGGCCUUUUGCAGCCCUCUGCUGUGGGAGGCAACUUACAAGCUGUGGCCCACGAGGCAGAAGAUCAGCAUUCACUGUCAGUGUGCUGCCUUCCUGGAGAGGCAUGCACACAAAUGCCGGAGGUGCCACGAAGGGGACUUUGUGGCCUUCCACCGCUUUGGCAUCUCCAGCCCCCAGGAGCAGGGGAGCUGCCAGGGCUCUGCUGAGAAGGACAACUGGAGCAGCUGGGAGGCCUUGGUAGUUGCUGGAGAACACCUGCGGAGGGCUAGGACCCUCCCUGCAGAGGGGAUUCUGGCAGAAGGCGAGCACACAACGCUGCGGGCCAAGGACAGUGGCCAGUGCUGCCAGUGUGAAGCCAUCGCCGAAGCCGUGCUUGUGCCCCUGGCUCGCCACUACACAGCCAUGGGCAAUGCUUCCCAGGCCUUCUACUACCUGCUGGAGUCUGCGGCUGCCUACCUGCACGUCUCCAACAGCUCCAUGGUGAGUCACCCUGCUUGCCAGCACGAGCUGCCUUAGCACGGAGGAGGAC